AUGAAUAAUGACGAAGAGCUUACAUAUUAUCGUGAUCGUUUACUUUCAAUUAUUGAAGAAAAUUUGAAAACUUUGGUUAAACGUAAAGCCAUCGGAAGUUAUGAUCUAAAUCGUUUAUCAUCAUAUUACCUGUUGAUGCAAAAGAAAACCUAUGAGGCUGGUCAACAUGAUAUUCCGGUUGGUCUAUUGAAUUCAGUUCGUUUUACUUUCGCGAUAACUUCCAGUCUUGUCUAUGCUCUCGAUUUACUUAAAAAUUAUGGACUGAGAUCUUUUUACAAGCAUGUGAAAGGUACUAGAACUGAAGAAAGUCCCAAAGGCGGAGGUAAAAAAGGUUUCAAUUUGGGUAAUAUCUUGAAGAAAAAUACUGUUCUCCAAGAGAUAUUAGAUGAUUUGAAGAAGAAAUUUGAACCUGAUGGUAAUGUUACUUUCAAUGGUGAGCUCGAAUGUGAUACUGUCCAUUCUGUACCUGGACAUCCAAAGCUGGUCAAACUUCAAGAAAUUGUACUGAAUCAUUUUGCCACCGAAGGAUCUGAUACAAAGGUUAUGGUUUUCACCCAAUUCCGUGCCAGUGUAGAAGAGAUCACAUCUCUGUUAAGGCAACAUUCACAACUAAGACCAGUCCAGUUCGUGGGCCAAAGCAGCGCCAAGAAACGAGGUUUCUCUCAGAAACAACAAUUGGAGGUACUAAGUCGUUUUCGCGAAGGUGAAUACAAUAUAUUAGUCACUACUUGUGUAGCGAUCUUACCGGACUUGACAUCGGUAAUGUGGAUCUUAUCAUUUGCUAUGAUGCAAAUAAAUCACCUAUUCGUUUGGUUCAACGUAUGGGUCGGUAAAAAAAGAAACUCUGCAGUCAAAAGAUCAUCUUCCGGUGGAAGUACAGCUAAAAAACGUAAAAAUCGAUUCAUAUUUCAAACUGAUGAAGAGAUAGAUGAAAAUCAAGAAAAAGAACAAGAAAAAGACCAAAUUAAAGAUCCAGUAGAAGACCAAGAGAAAGCUAAAUGA